GUCAGCACGAGGGCCUCGCGAGACGACCAGGGGAAGCGGAAGGUCAAAGUGCAUCUUCCCUCUGAAGAGACUCUCAUUCGGGCGGAAGAUGGCGAACGUACUGCUCGAGUUCAAGGCUUCUGCCGGGGACUCAGAGCCGCAGACCCGCCCGGUCCUCUUCGUCGGCCAGCUCGCCAACCUGCAACAGCUCAACUGGACCCAGGUGAAAGGGAAACUGCAGCCGGUGGUCACCAAAGAGAUAUGGCAGGCGGCAUUGGCCUCUCUGAAUCCCAACCCUACGGAUAGUUGCCCGCUGUAUUUGAGUUUUGCAGCCGUGGCGGCCCUUCCUUCACGAGUCAGUCGUCACAACAGCCCAUCAUCUGCACACUUCCUCACCCGGCUCGUCCGAACCUGCCUGCCCGCCGGCAACAACCGCUGCAUUGUGAUGGUGUGCGAGCACUCUGAUGUGUUUGCGUCAGCGUGUGCCAUUGCCCGAGCUUUCCCGCUCUUCACCCGCCGUUCAGCAUCUUCUCGCAGGACAGAGAAGAAGCACGUCACUGUGGAGUUUGUCACUGUGGGUCAGGACAGCGGUCCGCUGGAGGUCUCCACACUGAAGUGUCUUGCCAGUGCAGCGGAUGGAGUUCGUCUGGCUGCUCGAAUCGUAGACGCUCCAUGCAGCGAAAUGAAUACUGAUGACUUCCUAAAGGAAAUCAAGGCAGUGGGCAAUGAAUUAGGCAUCACUCCAACUAUAAUUCGAGGAGAGGAACUGAAACAAAAGGGCUUUGGAGGCAUCUAUGGAGUUGGUAAAGCUGCUCAGCAUCCUCCUGCAUUGGCUGUGCUCAGCCACACUCCCUCAGGAGCCACACAGGCCAUUGCCUGGGUGGGCAAAGGCAUUGUCUACGACACCGGUGGUCUCAGCAUCAAGGGCAAAACCACAAUGCCGGGAAUGAAGAGAGACUGUGGAGGAGCCGCAGCCAUUUUAGGAGCUUUUAAAGCUACUGUUAAACAGGGCUUUAAGGACAAUCUUCAUGCGGUUUUCUGCCUAGCUGAGAACUCAGUGGGACCUACAGCCACUCGACCAGAUGAUAUACACACUCUGUACUCCGGAAAAACAGUGGAGAUAAACAACACCGAUGCUGAAGGGAGGCUGGUGCUCUCUGAUGGUGUUGUAUAUGCAAGCAAAGAUCUUUCUGCAGACAUCAUACUGGACAUGGCAACACUGACCGGCGCUCAGGUGCAUUGGUGUUGACAGACAUAGUAGUGUGUUAGGAUCUUCUGAAUGCACUUGCUUGCUUUUCUUAAUUCUUUAUUC